AUUACUUUUAUUUUACAUCAAGGAAAACAAAGAAAAAUUAAAAAAUGUCCAGGAAAGAGAAAGCGAAGUCUCUCUCUCACUUUGUAAGUUACUAUCUUGAAUCUUCUCAGCCCUGCUCCCAAUAGACAAGCAGGUAAUCUUUAAUCUUAAAGAUGCAAUAUGCAGAAAACAAAAUCAUAACUAUAGACACCACAAAUCAUUUGUACAGUGCUGCACUCUUUCAGUAGCAAAUACUAAAUUAAUAUUUAUUUGUUAACAAAAAAUUGUGUUCCACUGCAAUUGAAAAUUAACAGUUAUUUCUCAGAAAUAUCUGUUGUGGUCUUAGAUUUGUAUAGGUUUGUUCUUACAUCACCUACAUUUGGGGGCCAAAUUUACUUUGAUUUUGUACUUGCAAAGUACAAAUGGUGGAGAGGAGAACCCCUCUGCCACAUUGGUUUAAAUGUAAUUUUCAUUUAAUUUUAGUCACCUCUGGAUGGUUUAGGUGCCUUUUGGCAGAAUUUGGGGUAUGGAGUGGGGAAAGUUUUGAGGAUGACAGAUAGUCCAAUGCUCCUGUCCGAGGGCAAUGAAACUCACAGGAGCACGGAGAAAGGAAGGGACCGGGUAGGUCCACACCGUGCGGAACAACGAGUCCCCAGACACACCUAUGGGGUCAUUAAACCCUUGCUAAGCAGCGGGGCGUGUUGUGGGGAGGGGGGUCUGGGCUGGAGCUGGGGACAGGGGGGCGAGCGACCCGAGGCAGACAAAGACCCUGGGUCUUGCGGGAAAUGAUUCAGGGGAUCGAUGAGAGACAGGGUCGGGCACGCCGGGGAGCGAACCGGCCCCAGCACCGCUCGGGCACUGAGCGGGCAACGGGCACCAGCCCAAGGUCACACACAGGGUGGAGGGGUGUCCGGACGGAGAACCCAGGAGUCCGGGCCCGCAGACCCGCCUCUCAAAUACGAGCCCCUCCUGGCGCACAAAUCCCCGGGCGGCGGCGGGGUCUGAGCAGGGGGCGCCGGAACCACAGGGGGAUGCCCGGGCUGGAUUUCACAUCGGGGGAACCUCCCGGGACGAGGCGUCUCCGUUGCCACUUCCGGGUUCCCCCUAAUCGCGCAUGCGCCACUCGCCAACUCUCACCCCGUCUCUCAGGCCGAGGUCCAUCUUCCCGGGCCGUACCAUCUCGUACAUGUGGUGGGAGGGAGGCCUCUCUAAAUACUUCUGUGGUCCGCGCUGCCCCUGAACCCUCUGAGGCCGGAUGCGAGUCGUUAGUCCUGGCUAUAGGCACCCUCAGCAGUGGCCGUCUCCUGGUCCUCGCCCCUCCUUUAUUCCAACCUCCCCCAGCGGAGGACGAUGGUGCGCGCCACUCCCACCUGAUCCAGCGGCAGGGCGAUACCAUCCCGCGCACUACGGGGGGGAGGAGCUGGGGGUAUUGUUGGGUCAGGGGGUGCGGGCGGCCCGCGGUGAGAGUAGGUUCGUCACAGCCGCCACUGAGAGGGAGGGGCGCCGCCUGGAGCUCAGUGUCCCUCCAGGCCUCGCCGGGCGCGGCUGCUGCUCCCAUUCCGUCCCCUCCGCUACCGCCGCAGUGGUAGCGCCCGGCUCCAGCUGACCGGCCUGGAAUCCCGGCUCCGAGCCCCGGACCCUCCGCUCCCAGCGACCCCCCGCCCCGGCCCCGGCCCCGGCCCCGCCGGAGACUCGGCCCUGCCAUGGGAGACGCCGGCAGUGAGCGCAGCAAGGCGCCCAGCCUGCCGCCUCGGUGCCCUUGCGGCUUCUGGGGGUCCAGCAAGACUAUGAAUCUCUGUUCCAAAUGCUUUGCUGAAAAAAGAAAUCCACACAAUGAAAAAGAUUUCCAAAAGAAGCAGCCAGAUGAUGACUCCACUCCCAGCACAAGCAACAGCCAAUCAGAUUUGUUCUCUGGAGAAACAAACAGUGACAACAGCAAUACCUCUCUAACUACACAGACUGUUCACUCCAGCCAGCAACUUUCUACAGAACUGAAUGUAACUUCACUGAGUAAAGAGGAAUGUGGGCCAUGCACAAGUACACCUCAUGUCUCAUUAGGUACACCAACCAAAAGAUCCUGUGACUCUGAUUCACAGUCAGAGAGUGAGGCUUCUCCUGUGAAACGGCCACGGCUACUGGAGGACAGUAAUGACAGGCCUGAGGAAACCAGUCGAUCCAAACAGAAGAGCAGACGCAGGUGCUUCCAGUGCCAAACAAAACUGGAGCUAGUACAGCAGGAACUGGGAUCAUGUCGCUGUGGUUAUGUGUUCUGUAUGUUACAUCGCCUGCCCGAACAACAUGACUGCACGUUUGACCACAUGGGACGUGGGCGCGAGGAAGCCAUUAUGAAAAUGGUGAAACUGGACCGGAAAGUAGGGAGAUCAUGCCAGCGCAUCGGCGAAGGGUGUUCCUGAGUGCGAGACUCUGCAACCAAAUGCUGUUCUUAGUUCACUAAUGUUAGCCUUAUUUAGGACAAAGUCAGCCAGACACCUUGUACUGGGCAAGUUUCAGACUACAGCCAAUCAGUUUCCUUUCUUUAGCCAACCGUCCUGGUACUGUAGUUUAGGGGUUGAUGGUGGUUGAAAUUGAUUUCUGGCUGGUUACAAAGGUGCCUGCUAGCCAAUGUAUAAAAUUAAAACAUGAAGAAACAUUUUUUUGAGCAUGGCUAGUGGAUUUAAAACACAUCAAAACAAAAAAUCCAAAGGCUUCUGUUAUUGCUGGAGUCAAACUCUAAAAGCCUUAUGCUGGAAACCUUCCAGCUGCAGAGUUAAAAUAAAUAGCUGAGUAGAAGCUGGUGUAAAAGUUUGCUAUGCACAUGGCUUUCAGACAAACUGUGUUUAAUGUGCAGCCUUUCACCUCUUCACUUCUAGUUAAUCCUGAAGAGGUGAAACUCCACUAAAAGCAGCAGUGGUAGCUGCUAAGCCCGGAAGACCUGACUGGUCAUCCGUGCCUUCAUCACGUGUGGCUUUUGAGGUUAGGCAAUGUCACCAGCAUCAGGGAUUCUGUUGGGGAGGGAACAUCUUUCUGGUUCUUCCCAGGAAGCCAAAAAGAGAGGAGGACAGAGAUUCUUAUGAAAAAAAUGUAUAUCUAACUUGCUGCAGAGAUCCUGUUUUUCUUCAUUUAAAUUAGGGUGAUCUCAUUUUAAAGCUGGUUCCAUCCUAGAGCAGUAAACAAUGUGUAUUCUCUACAUGGCAUCCAUAGAAUUUCUAAGUGUUGUCUGACCAGAUUCCACGGUUGUUAUGUAUGCUGACCAGUGCUGCCAUUCCCACCGGCCGAAACCUGAUUGGCUCUUGUUUGCCUUUUGCUAAGUGCAGGUAUCUGAUAAUUGAUCAAAUAAGGCUAAUUCACAGCACAGUAGCCAAGGCUGGAUUCUACAGACUGACUUUCUGUAGCUAGACAUAUAUAUUGGGGUGGGGGGGGGGGAAGGACAUAUUGUAGCAAACAGAAUUCAGUAACAGUAUUGGGGAACAACCAGGAAAGCAUCCCUCAUCAGCUUGAGUUUUAACAAGAUAAUCAAAUGGGCUAUGUCAGCCUUGUUUCUAUGCAGCUCGAUGCUCUCAUGAAAAUCUCUGCCCGCAUAUAUUGCAAAGCAAAUGAAUGUGAAAUGCAUUACAUGGAAUAGAAAACUUUGGAUCUUCUGUUUAGACUUAUGCGUGCUUUGAGCCACAUAGAGCUGAACUACACAGAUCUUGUUAGUUUAUAGCAGAAAAAAAACAAAGAAAAAAUAUCUCCUGCUGCAGACAAAGUUUAUGCAGGUCAAGAGGAUUCAUGCUGAUUUGUCUCAGUAGUCCUAUGUGGAUAUGGUUCCCUGACCCAAGUUAGUAAAGCAUUAACAAUCAGGUAGUUUAGUAGAAAAACUGGGAAGGGUAGGGGAGAGGAUUUUGUAUAGUUUUGAAAAAUUGGGCUUGUGUAAAACUUCCAAGGGGUGAAGUAGCAUAUUGUCACUCCAAUAAAGGUGUGUGGGGAAAGAGAGCUUAAAUAAGUCCUCCUUUUUUCUGCAUGUGUUAAAGGUAAAUAAUUUCAUACAUGCCAAAUUAAUUUUUAGUUUGGUAGCCAGAUCAAAUCAUUUAAUGACUUUUUGUUUAAAAAUACACUCAGCAUCAGACUGUAUUAGUGUGAUUUAAUCAUGAAGUAAAUCAGAAAUGUUCCAUCAUUUGUAAAAUGCAAGCUAUGUAAACCAAACUAUUUUUUUAUUAUUCAAGGUUAUGGAAUCAGCAACAAAAUUUCCAGCUGUAUUUUCAGGAAAUGGUCCCACUCCAUCCUGGUGACAAGGCAAUCUGAGGAUAUUUUUAACACUUGCCAUGAAGAGUUUAAAAACCAUGGAUUUCAGCUGUUGCUGAGAUACGCACUUUCUUUUCCUCUAAAAUCAUAGCAUAGUCUUUGGUGGACAUUCUGAUUGAUACACAAGACUCGUCCGCAUUAAUACUGAUGAUGCUGUUUAUCCCUCCUACUCCUUUAACCCUGUUAUAAAUGCACAGUUGGUUUCAAGGUGGCUCUUAAGAGAACACUACUCAAAGUUCAUGUGGAUUAUGGGCAAUAUUCACUUUAAAAAAAAAAGUGGGGGGAGGGGUUGUUCCUUUGCAGUAUCUGUUCUGUGAAGUUUGUUAAACGUAAAGAAAGCUUAAGUUCUUGUAUCUUUAAAGAAAAUCUUAUUUAACCCUUUUGUGUUCUAGAUUUACUUACACAUGUAGCCUAGUGCUCAGUUUUAGUUUAACAUUGUGAAAAUAUUAAAAGAAUCUUGUAACUUUAUUCUUUUUCCUCCUGCUAACAAAAAAAAAAAAUUAAACCAAUCAGACUAAAGUUUGAAUUCCUCUCUGACUAUUCCAGCAGGUCAUGUUGAUCUGCGCUGUUUAUGAAAUGUGAAUGGGGGGAAAAAACCUCAGCACUGGGCCAGUGAUUUCAAAUUGUGUUUAAAGUUGGUGGGAAGUGGGUAGUACUUUCUGCCAGUCAUUGGAGUUAGCACUUCUGCAGAGUUCAAGUUUAGCAAUUUCUUUUGUAAGCAAUUCUAGUUUAACCUCACAAAACUUUAUUUCCUAAUAUUGAGGUUACAGUAGAUUUGUCACUUUUUUAUCAGCUAAACAAGUUUCUUUGCUUUUAAGUCCCAUGCAUAUGGUACUGCACACUGUUACAGUGGUAUGAGAAGUAAAGAAUGUCCUCUAAAGUAAAUGUAUUUUGACUGAUUCUUCACCUGCAGUAGCUGUAUGCUAAAUGUAAAGUUCCAUAGUUAUGAGAUGUUCAUAUUUGGUAAUUAGGAGCUAAACUAUAUAGGUUAGAUCGUACAAUGCCAAUAACAAUGGAAUGUGUUGAAUAAGGAGACAAAGUCAAACCGGUACUAUUCAGUUUGGAAUUGAAAUUAUGCCUGAAUCAUGGGACAUGUACCCCUAUUUUUUCCUGAAAUGAACACUGUACUUUCAAAGAUAAAAUUGUGUAUUGUGGUUCUUGCACACCACUUCAGUAGUAUAGCGAGGUUAGUUACACUUAGAUAUCCCAGCUGCUAUUGGUGUAGCUCCAAGGAGUGAGCCAAAAUUUCAGAAAAAAGAGGGAGAUCACUCAGCUAGAAUGAGCAGUCUUGAGACCUACCUCCAAAAUCCUUUCUUGCUCUGUAUCUGCUAUUUCACCAGCGCUAAAUUCAUUUUCUGUAAUUAGUUGUAAGUGCUAGCAUUAUGCAAGUAUACACAUGCAAUUAUACUUCAGCCUAAAGGUGUAACAAUCCCCUGGUGCUGUAUCCUCAGCCAGUCAAAAAUUCAAUUUUAAUUUUUCUGAUAAAAUUAGGUGAUUUUUUUCUUGUGAAAAGUUUGUCAGUUUUUUGACCAACUCCAAUCCUCUGAACCCUAUUUUGAUGUUGUGCUGAAACGAGUUGACUUUGUGGCACAAACUAAAUUAUGGAGAAUGAGAACAAUCCUCUCUCUCUCUCUCUCUCAUGUGAAUGAUUUGUGCCUACCUCUCCAAAGGUGAAAGGUAUAUGCACUCAAAUCCAGUUCUCUGCCUUGGGAGACCAUCAUCAAAAAUAAACAUUGCAAAAGAAAGAAAACUGGAAUCUGUUAUAAAAUGCAAAUUUUAUAAUGGAUUCCAGAUGCUCCAUCAGCAAAAUCAUUAAUAGUACCCAGACAGCAUGGUCCUUGGUACAUUAUUAAAUACAUACAGCCAUCAAUCAAUGCUCCUUUGUCACUGGCUAUAUUAACUGAAAUUGCCACUCAGUACAGUAAAAAAAUGGAGAGAAGCUCAAACUACAGUGCCAGGAGGUCUGGGAUAGAACAAAUCUUUAGAGCAGUGGUUUUCAACCUUUUUUCAUUUGUGGAACCCUAAAAAUUUUUGAAUGGAGGUGUGGACUCCCAGGAAUCUGCACACCACAGAUUGAAAACCAUUGUUGUAUGGUAAUUACAACCUUUUGUGGACCCCUCGGAUAAGGUCUGCAGCCACCCCCAGUUGAAAACCACUGCUGUAGAGUAUCAGAUUCAAGUCUGACUCUAAACUUUAACAUGGGCACAUCUAUAGCAAUGUAAAAAGAGAGAUUUACACAAACAAGUCACCAUUCCCUAAACUGAACUCUGCUUACUGAGGUCAGCAUGUUUGUCUUAUUAGCCAAACUUUUGUCCACUAUGAUGCUGCCCUCUUGG